AUGGGCGCCCCAGGAACCAUGGCUGGCUGGGGGCUUCUGGAUUAUAAAACGGAGAAAUAUGUGAUGACCAGGAACUGGCGAGUGGGCGCCCUGCAGAGACUGCUGCAGCUGGGGGUCGCAGCCUACGUGGGAGAAAAUGUAUUCUUCUUGGUGACCAAUUUCCUCGUGACGCCAGCCCAAGUUCAGGGCAGGUGCCCAGAGCACCCUUCCGUUCCACUUGCCGCCUGCUGGGCUGACGAGGACUGCCCGGAAGGAGAGACGGGGACACACAGCCACGGUAUAAAGACUGGAUUCUGUGUGACGUUCAACGGGACCCACAGCACCUGCGAGGUCCGUGGCUGGUGCCCUGUAGAGAACAGCGUCAUGCCAGCGAAGCCCCUGCUGGCCCAGGCCGAGAACUUCACACUCUUCAUCAAAAACACUGUCACCUUCAGCAAGUUCAACUUCUCCAAAUCCAAUGCAUUGGAGACCUGGGACCCUAGCUAUUUUAAGCACUGCCGGUACGACCCGCACGCCAGUCCUUACUGCCCGGUGUUCCGCAUUGGGGACCUCGUGCAGGCGGCAGGUGGGGACUUUGAGGACCUGGCGUUGAUGGGUGGGGCUGUGGGCAUCCGUGUCCACUGGGAUUGUGACCUGGACGCCGGGGGCUCCGGAUGCCAACCCCACUACUCCUUUCAGCAGCAGGAUAGAAGCUACAACUUCAGGACGGCCACUCACUGGUGGAAGGCUCCUGGAGUGGAGGCCCGGAGCCUGCUCAAGCUGUAUGGAAUCCGAUUUGACAUUCUUGUCACUGGACAGGCAGGGAAGUUCGGGCUCAUUCCCACUGUCAUCACCUUGGGCACUGCAGCAGCGUGGCUGGGCGUGGUCACCUUCCUCUGUGACCUGCUGUUGUUGUACGUGGACGGAGAAGCCCACUUCUAUUGGAGGACCAAGUAUGAGGAGGCCAAAGCCCCGAAGGUGACGGCCAACUCUGUGUGCAGCGACCUGGUUUUCACGUCCCCCUUAGAUGGCCCAGCACCAGGUCCCAUCACUGCCGGGAGGAGACCCACGCUGACAGCUUCUCGGGAACACAACCAGGGCGGCCAUCAGCCAGACAUGGCCGCCCAAGCCAUGCCCAGGGGCCAAGCCUAG